ACUCAACUAAAAGUAUCUCAUUGGAAAAUAAUCCCAAAGAAAAAGGGUAAAGAUUAUCAAUGAAAUAGAUUAACCAAAUAAAAUCUUGUGAUAAAAUUAAAUAUGAAAUUAUGAUGAUUAUAAUUUUGAUUUGACUUGUGUCAUGAUUAUGAUUAUUUUGGAACCAACAAUCAUGUAACUAGAAUAACAAUCAAUCAAAACUUAAGAAGAAGAAAAAUAGAAAGAGAGAGAGAGAGAGAGAGAGAGAGAGAGAGAGAGAGACGAUAAAAAUGAUAGAGUAACAUGAUAACAGGGAAAUGAAUUGAGAUUAUCCCUUACAAAUUGAACUGAAAUAAAAGAAGCAAAAAAAAAUAAAAGGGUUAUGAUUAUGAUCAUUAUGAUAGUUGGAUAAUAAUGAUAAGUUAACAAUUGAUAUGAUCGAAAGAGACAUGCAAGAAAAUAACAUCAUCAAUGGUGACCAAUUCCAACAAUCAGAUUUGUUGUUUGUCUCCACCUCAAAUUGGCGUUGUUACCUCUCUCAUUCUCUCUCUCUCGCUCUCUCAAUAGAAACUUCCUCCUCCUCUUUUUACUGAUGAGGAUAAACUCCUGUGCGCAAACAAGUUUAAGGAUAUUCUCCCUCUCUAAGGUGGGAUUUGGUUAUUUGAUAAUCGAAGGUGAUACAAAAUAGUUUCCAUCUUGUUCAUCAUCAUGUCAACACAACAAAGUGUCCAAAGUAUUUCAAAAGUAUCGAAAAGUGCAUCAUUCUCAAUACGAAAUUUGCUUAACAAUGAAAUAGAUGAUACUGAUGAUGACAGUGCGAUAGAGUCAUUGAUCAGCACAUCAACAACAACUUCAACCACAUCAACCAUAUCCACAGCCUCAACUACCUCAGCAACAUCAACCACAACAACCAACAGCAAGUCCACCAAACCAAAAUACAGUUACAACGCUCUCAUCAUCAUGGCUAUCCAGAGUAGCCCUCAGAAAAGACUGACCUUAUCCGGAAUUUAUGAUUACAUUAUCGAAAAUUAUCCAUUUUAUCGUUCCAAUAAACAGGGUUGGCAGAACUCAAUAAGACACAAUUUAUCUUUGAAUAAGUGUUUCAUCAAAGUGCCAAGAAGUUACGAUGAUCCCGGAAAAGGAAACUAUUGGAUGUUGGAUCCAAGUGCUUCGAAUGAAGUUUUCAUUGGUGAAUCGUCGGGCAAGUUGAGGCGAAAAAAUAGUUCAUCAUCAUCUCGAGCUCGAUUAGCACAUUCGUUUCGACGAGCAGUUAUUCAUUCCAUUCAACCUCACAACAACAUUGGACUCAACUAUUGUUCGUUAGUUAAUCAACCUUUUGUUUUUCCACCCAAUUCAUCAAAUCAAUUAAUCAAUUCCGUGUACAAUGUUCAUUCAAGAUUAUUUAAUUCUUAUUGGAAUCUAAGAAAAUAAAACAAAAAUAGAAAACAUAA